AGUUACAUAAGCUAAAAUGUGUUAUAUAAACUGUAUUAAGUGCAUGCAAACUUCAUCUACGUCCUGAUAUUUCCCGGUGAGAGGACUUAAAUAUAAUCGGUUUGGCUUUCCGGAAAAAUUGUUCAUCAACUAUCAGGAUUCAUAAUGCUUAUUUGGUUAGCAUUUAUUUUGGGCAUGAUAUACCAUGUAAAUGCCAAUAAUGCGAGAAGAAGUUUGCAACAAAUACCACCUCCGCCCCCUUACUUCAACGAAGAAGCCUCACUUGGGCAAUGGUUUGUACAGUAUAGAUUGCCUGGAUGUGGGUUCGAUAGUUCCGACAGAAUUAGAGAUUAUGUUCAAUCUCUUGUAAGACAUCCUAAAGGACUUGUAAGUUAUGACACAUGGAGAAAUGACGUCACACAAAUGUGCAAUACUUUGUCGACAAUGUAUUAUCCAACGAACCCCAGAGGAGUAUUCAAAAUCAAAGAUCCGAUAGGAUCUAUUUGGAGUGGACUAGCUGUUAAUGUGGCCGUUGAUGGCAAGCGUUAUAAGAUUUUCUAUGGUUGUCCAAAGAUGUCAGCAAUAGGCGAUCGAUGUGAUGACCCUUUCUUAAAUAUAUACACAAGAAUGCCAAAACCUGACCCUAUGACACUUGCAGAAAUUGACUCCAUAUUGAGAAAAGUGUUAGGAUUCUCACUUGCAAGUCUACCUAGAACAUUCCAUGGAAGGCAAUGUCCUUUGAACAGUAAAUUUUAGAGUUAACUCUAUAACGACUUCACAAUAGUCGUGUUAAAAGCAACAAACGAACAGUUACUACAACAACAACAACAACAGCAGCAGCAGCAACAAUACUUUAAUUUUGAAACACAAUAAAACCAUGAACUAAUAUGAUAUAUAAUGUAGAAAGAAAUUGUAGUUUUAUCAGAUAAUAUAUAUCAUCAGAAAUACAGUUCUUAUAGCAAACACACUAGUCUUGCUUAUAUUGUCUUGUUGUAUGUUACAGUAAUUAUUAAUGUAUGUGUAAAACCUGUGUUAAUUUCAUUCUUAUUCAAUACUCAUUUCAAACAAACUGUUCAUAUAUUUCAACAAACAACAACGUUUUAUGCCAUUAAAUAUGCAUAGCAUUAAUUUGUUAAUGAGCAAAUAGAAAACAGUAUUCAUUUACAUAAUUAAACAAUAAUCUUGGUAAUAAAUCAUAAAAAUAAACG